GCUUUUUGAAGGUAUAUUAUACUUGAAAAAUAAUAACAAGAGUGGAUUCAUAAAAUGUUACUAUUUAUAUUACAUUGAUUCAAAGAACAUAGAAAAAAUAAAUGUAAAUAUUAUAAGCAAUGUGCUUAUUAUUACAAAACUUCAAGUUUGA